AUGAAGCUGAUGACAUCGCUGGUGAGGGUGGCACUGGGCGUGAGCCUGCACAAAGACAACAACCAGCGGCAGUAUGAGGCCGAGAGGAGCAAGGGGCCGAGCCGCAGGGCCACGGACAAGUUAGAGGCACUGCUGGAGAAGCGCAGGGAGCUUCUGGAACAGCAGGAGGAGAUCGAGAACAUGAUGAACGCCAUCUUCAAAGGGGUCUUUGUGCAUCGGUACAGGGACCUGGUGCCUGAGAUCCGGGCCAUCUGCAUUGAGGAGAUGGGGAACUGGAUGCAGAGCUACAGCGCCUCCUUCCUGACAGACAGCUACCUCAAAUACAUCGGCUGGACCCUGCACGACAAGCAGCGGGAGGUGCGGCUCAAGUGCCUGAAGGCCCUGCAGGGGCUGUACCGCAGCCGGGAGAUGGCUGCUCGCAUGGAGCUCUUCACCAGCCGCUUCAAGGGUCGCAUGGUGUCCAUGGUCCUGGACAAAGAACCCGACGUGGGUGUGGAGGCCGUCAAGCUGCUGACCUUGAUCCUGCAGAACAUGGAGGAGAUGCUGACAGAUGAGGACUGUGAGGCCGUUUACCCCGUGGUGUAUGCUUCCAACCGGGCGCUGGCUGCUGCCGCCGGGGAGUUUCUUUACAAGAAGCAGUUUGACCUGGAUUGGGAAGCCGGGAAGGAGAAGGGGCGCCGUGGGGGGAGCAGGGACUUCUUCAGGCUGCUGCUGGCUUUCUUUAUCGAGAGCGAGCUCCACGAGCAUGCGGUGUACCUGGUGGACAGCUUGUGGGACUGUGCUGCCCCCCUGCUGAAGGACUGGGAUGGCCUGACGCACCUGCUGCUGGAAGAGUCCCCGGAGGAGGGCUGGGGCGACCAGCAGGAAAAUGCCCUGAUUGAGAUCCUGGUCUCCAGCAUGCGUCAGGCCACGGAGGGGAAGCCACCCGUUGGCAGGGGCCCUGGCAAGAAGGUGCUCUCAGCGCGGGAGCGGAAGGCCCAGGAGGACGACAGGGAGAAACUCACUCAGUACCUCAUCCCGCUGCUGCCCCAGCUGCUGGCCAAGUUCUCAGCUGAUGCGGAGAAGGUGGCGCUCCUGCUGGCCGCUCCGCGCUACUUCAACCUCAGCCUCUACAGCAGUGGGCGGCUGGAGAAG